CCUUCAUUGUCGUGCCCACUAUCUCGCAUAUAUUCUUAAAAAAUAAAAAGUGCCCAAUUAUUCACCGGCGACGCCAUCACCAGAACUCUUCCCAGCCGGCCGGCGGUCAACUCUCCCUCCACACUGCACUCCGCCACUGUUGCUACCUCAGGCCACCGUACUUUACCAUCUAGAUCCAUCUGUAUCCACUCAAUCACUUAUAAAACCUAUAUUGCAAAUCAAAGGCAAAAGUUUUCAGGCAUGAGUUGUGGAAAACCGUUGCUUUGGGAGUGGUGGAUUAGCAAAGCUUUGACUAGAAGGAUUGAAGAUUGCUUAGGUUCUGUGAAGCUGUUCAAGUUAUUGGUUUCGAAAGCUUGUUUUACACACAUAAUCUUCAAUCUCUCUCAAUUCAAUCAACGGGAAAUAACUACCAAUUUGUUGAUUGCUACUGAAGACUCGCAUCUUCUAUAUCGUUGGCUAUUCAACAACAAUUUUCAAAGCGUAGACUCUAUGAAGGACCCAAAUCCGAUAUGUAUAUUUCAGAUACGUACACGCUUUUUUCACAGCAAACUUUCCUGCACAAAUCUGUUGGAUAUGAGGAUUUCUAGAGACAGUAAGUUGUUUCCGUCUGUUUUUCAAGAUCUUAUUGCAACAAUUGGAAGUGAAUAUGAACAGAAAAUACAAGAUUGGCCGCCACCUGUUGAUAAUUCCAAGCAUAAAGGUGAUCCUGAAGCGACCUUAAAUAUGCUGGAUGCCGCUCUCAAGUCUAGUUUGGAGCGAUUGAAACGUAUGAGGGAAAGCAUGUCAUGGGCACAUAAUAUAGUCCAUUACAACUACACUACGAAGGCAAGAUACAUCGAACACGUAAACACAAUCAGGAACUUGAGUUUAGGAGGCAGGUUAGGCGCAGCCUUAUGGCUGCAUAACAAAAUGAUCCAUAACAACGGUGUUAUUCCAGACGUAGUUACACAUAAUCACCUUAUUAAUGGAUUUUGUAAAGUCGGUGCAUUCGAUAAAGCUGAGUGGCUUAUAGCACAAAUGUCUUAUCGCGGGCCGUCUCCAAAUUGCGCCACGUACAACACUUUAAUGAAGGGUUAUUGUGCUUUUAACGAUAUCGAGAAAGCGCUUGAUCUUUUGUCGACCAUGAGUGAUGAUGAUGGUUGUAAUAAAGUAAAACCGAAUAUUGUCACUUUUAAUAUUCUAGUACACGCCCUGUGUAAAAAAGGGUUGUCGGAUGAAGCGCGUGUACUUCUUUCAAAGUUAACGGAUGAAAACCGUCAGAAGAAUCUUACAGCGUCAACGAUAUUAAUGGACAGUUAUUUUAAGAACGGGAAUACGGCUCUUGCUCGCACACUUUGGGGAGAGAUUUGCAAAACGAGUAAAGAAUUGGACGUUGUUGCGUAUAACGUUCUCAUUCAUGGAUAUUAUUUGAGCUUGGAUUUGAUUGUUGUGUAUAAGUAUGUUAACGAAAUGUUGAAAAUCGGUUUGGAUCCGGAUAAUUUCACGUACAACACGCUAAUAAGCGGGCUUUGUAAAGUGAAGAGGAUUGAUGAUGCUUGUUAUCUGUUCAAUACCGUCAUGUCGAGAAUGGGCGUUUCUCCCGAUGUGGUUUCGUACAACAUACUUAUUCAAGGAUUAUGUAAUGUUGGUAAUGUCGGUAACGUGGUCAAAGCUCACGAGUUACUUAACUGUAUGUUGGAAAAGUCGCUCGUUCCUAAACCUCGUAUAUGGAACGUUAUCAUUCAUGGGUAUGGUACGAACAGAGACAAACAAAACGCGUUUCAUGUCCGGGAUCAGAUGAUAACACACGGCGUUUCACCGAACGUCUUUACUUACAAUGCUUUGAUUCAUAUGUUCAUAAAAACCGGAGAAAUAUUCGAGGCGCAUUUAUUAAUGAAAGAGAUGUUAACGGUCGGUCCGUUGCCGGAUACCGUCACGUAUAAUCUGCUGGUCGGUGCGGAAUCCGAAUACGGACACCUUUAUUCCGCAGAACAAGUGUACGAUGACAUGUUAAAGCGAGGGUAUCGUCCCGAUGGCGUGACGUACACGAAACUGAUAAAAGGUUAUUGUAUGAGAGGUAAAGUGAAUGAGGCCGAGAGAUUGUUUUUCACUUUGUAUGAUUCUAAUUUGUUAAUUGAUCAUGUGCCGUUUCAAAUACUUAUGAAAAAGUAUUUUAAGAUGAGAGAGUUUGAUAGCGCGUAUGGCGUUUAUCAAAAGUGGUUAAGAAUGGAUUAAGGGGAAUGAGAUACACCGUUGCCGAGAGCAUCAAGAUGGGCUUGUACAAUAUUGUUUUUACGCCUACAAGUGACGGUUUUUUACACAUGUGGCUACAGAGUGAUUUAUUCUUCAGAAUAUGGGUCUUUGGACACUACUUGAGGGGUGUCUGCUUAUUGCAAACGCACUGGCAAUAUUAGACGAGGAUCGUUUUCUCGCACCUAAAGGAUGGAGCUUCCAAGAGUACUCAGGGGUGAAGAGAAAUUCCCUCAAGGGACAAAUCAUCGGUCUCAUUUACGCAACUCAGUAAUUGAGAGUUCUAUUGAUAAUGUUCUAUUCCCUCUGCAUUGUUGUAAAAAUGGUUUCUGGAUCACCACUCAAACUAGGCUAUGCGGUAUACAUAUGGGAAGGGGAGCGGGGAGGUGACGUGGAACAACGCUCGUGUGAUAUUCCAGAUUGAGCGUGGUCUCCAUCUCUUGGUACCCGCAAUCUCUAUCUCUCUCUAUCUCUCCCCCUCUUUUUUUAACUUUAGAAAAUAUAGAAAAAAAGGUGAGAUGAAUAUAACAUACGUUGACUGCUGGUGUUUGAAGAUGGGAAAAGAUGGUGAUCUGCCGUUAAGAUGGCAAUCAAGAAUAAAAGAUGGGUACAACACAUAGCUUUAUAGGUCUACGUGAAAAUCCACCAACCGUUCGAUGCAUCACUCAAUUUGUGUCUAAUAGUUUCGACACAUACAUGUGUAUAGAAUUUAGGUCACAAAACGAUAGACUUCAAGUUACAAAUAGUGAGUUAGUCUUAUCAUUUUGGCUCGUCAUAUUCAUAUCUAUA